AAAAGAAAAAAGAAACAGAGUUCUUUUUUCAAUUCUUUAGAAAACUUAUCGAACCCAUUCAUCUCACAAACAACAUUAGAGAAAAAAUAUCAAAGUGAUUAUUAAUUGUUGUGAUUUUUGAUUUUGGGUUUAUUGUUGUUAAUUACUAAAAUCUGAAAAUUGGAAAAUGUACGGUGAUGGGCCGGUGUUCAAGGCGGAGGGAGCGUCUUUCCGGGAUCAACCGUACGCCGGACAACUUCCUCAGGGACUAUGGACCACCGGUCUCUGCGAUUGUCACGAAGAUGGCCACAUUUGUGUUCAGACAGCUAUAAUGCCAUGUGUCUCCUACGCUCAAAACACCGAGAUCGUAAACAGAGGAGCCAUACCUUGUAUGAACGCAGGUUUGAUUCAUCUAGCGUUAGGAUUUGUGGGUUGUUGCUGGCUUUACGCGUUCCCAAGCCGGUCUAGGCUUAGGGAACAUUUCGCAUUGCCUGAAGAACCAUGUCGUGACUUUUGGGUCCAUCUCUUUUGCACACCUUGUGCUAUCUGCCAAGAGUCUAGAGAGCUCAAGAACCGUGGCGCAGAUCCUUCUAUCGGUUGGCUUAUGAAUGUAGAGAAAUGGAGCCGAGAGAAAGUAACUCCUCCUAUAGUUGUACCAGGCAUGAUCCGCUGAGAGUUUCAUCAACGCUUUGUGUCUAUUAUGUAUUGUAACUUUUCUUUAGAUCUUGCUAGCUUCUGGUUUCUCAGUUUAGCUUAGGGAAUAAGUUAUAUGAAAACGAUGAUUGAUACUGAAUAUGUUUUUAUAACAGAU